AUGCUGGAAGCCAUGGACAAAAAACAUGUAACAGCCCUCAUUUUAUUGGACCUGUCUAAGGCCUUUGACAGCAUCAAUCAUAUGAAAUGUGUAGGAGCGUCUCCGCUAGCCAUUCAAUGGUUCGAAAGCUAUCUGUCGGGCAGAUCACAAUACGUACGAAUAGAAUCAACUGUUUCCUCAACUAGCGCACUAACCUAUGGAGUGCCCCAGGGCUCUAUUCUUUCACCAUUUUUGUUUGGAAUUUACGUUAAUGAUCUACCAGCUGUAACGAUUUCAAGCAAUCUCGACUCCUACGUUGACGAUUCAAAACUCCAUCUUGCAUUUCUUGUCGAAGACGUACAACAGGCAAUAGCUAAACUAGAAAACGAUCUGUAUAAAACCGCUAAAUGGUGCUUGGAACAUCAAUUAUUAAUCAAUCCUGACAACACCAAAUUCCUCUUAGUAGGCACAAGAUCAACGCUAUAG